AUGGAUGAGACGGCGACGGAUAAGGCGGGCGCGGAGACGACGGAGGCGACGCGAACGAUGGGCGAAACGACGAUGAUGACGACGUCGACGACGAUGAGGACGACGAUGAAGUCGAGUGGGAGUGGGCGCGGGCGAGAGAUGAGCGUGCUCGGGGUGAUGGCGCUCGCGGUGGCGGCGGAGACGUACGCGCUGGGCGGACCGGCGCCGGCGACGGCGCGGGCGAGCGAAGCCGUCGUCAGCGCAGCGCGAGGAUUGGUGGAGAACCACGCCCCGGGGAUGGGUGGGAUCAUCGAGGAUGGUUUCUUGGGCUUGCUCACGGUGGGAACGGUGUACGCGCUGUGGAGAUCGUCUGCGAUACCGCGACCGAUAGGGAAUCCGAUUGCGCGCAAAUCCAAAACCAACGCGAGUUGGGUGCACGUCUUCACGGGCGCGGGCGGGCUUGCGAUGGCGCUUUACGCCGUGGGAUUGGAGAGAAUUUAUCGUGAGAGCCCGGGUUGGACGUGGAUGUGGGUGAGCAGCGCGAUGUUCAUGGCGAAUGCACUGACAUACGGGCCGCUCAUGAAUAUCUUCAAGGCGAGCAAGGAGGGCAAGUACGCGAUGAAACUCGGAUACUCCUUCGUAGCGUCGUUUCAGGGCGUGGUUUGGAUCGCUUGGAGCGCGCAACCGGAUGCCCCAGACUGGAUGUUCUGGGCCGUCAUGCCUUACUGGUACUUCUCCCUUGCCAAGCUCUGGGAGUCGACAGAAUUCGUACUGGCGCUGACACCGAAGCCCACGGACGCCGACGGACUAUGGGCAACGAUGACGGCGGGAUCACGCCAGCGUCUGGGACGAAUGACUCCCGAUGCCGCAACUCUGACGUACGUCGGUCUCAACGCCGCGGCAGCCGUCUUCGACAAUUGCUACAUGGCGCUCUACACACUGCUCGGCCCGGAGCAGUUUUGGCACACGUCGCAGGCGUUCAAUGACAGUGAUUUUCACCUGCGUUUGGUCAAGGGUACCACGGGCUCGCUAACCGUGGCGCUCCUGAUUUUCAUCUCCACCUUGGGUUGGAGAAAACAGAUGCCAAUGAAGUACGCGGUCUGGCUCAAUGUCGUCCUCGGCUCCGUCGGUCCUUGGAUCGUGCUCUUCUGGCAUAAGUUGUUAGAUCCGAGCGAGGACUGGUUUCCGCAGUUUGUGUUCGAUCCGAACUUCGCGUAUCAUGUCUACUUGAACCCAUCCAUCUCGUUAUUCGGUAACUGA